GGGGUGGGCCGAGGCGCGGAGGUCAAAGGUUGGGGGCCUGUGCCCGCCAGGCUGACCUGCCUCAGGUAUCCGAAGCCUGCAGUGGGAGCCGGGAUCGGGGAAGUCGGUCCUGCCCUUCACGGCCCUGCCCCGGAGCGGGAGGUCUGGAGGAUGCUUCACUUGGGGUGCUGCCGGGACCGGAAUAGUUUGCAAAUGUUCCCAUGUCUCUGAUGAAAGCCGCAGUACAGCGGAGACGGGAAGGUGAAGAUGCAGUCAGGUGCUUCGUUGAAAGCCUAUCGACUGGGUGAUCGCUGGAUUUGGGCUCACAGAAUCCUACAGGAACUAUCGCCGGGUCUCUGUCCGCAGUCUUGCUUGAAAUAAAUCAUGAGUUAUGCAGAAAAACCUGACGAAAUAACCAAAGAUGAAUGGAUGGAAAAGCUCAAUAACUUACAUGUUCAACGAGCAGAUAUGAACCGUCUCAUCAUGAACUACUUAGUCACAGAGGGCUUUAAGGAAGCAGCAGAGAAAUUUCGAAUGGAGUCUGGGAUCGAACCAAGUGUGGACCUAGAAACACUUGAUGAGCGAAUCAAGAUUCGGGAGAUGAUUCUGAAGGGUCAGAUCCAGGAGGCCAUCGCCCUGAUCAACAGCCUCCACCCAGAGCUCCUGGACACCAACCGCUAUCUUUACUUUCACCUUCAGCAACAGCACUUGAUUGAGCUUAUUCGUCAGCGUGAGACAGAAGCAGCGUUGGAGUUUGCCCAAACGCAGCUCGCAGAACAGGGUGAGGAAAGCAGAGAGUGCCUCACAGAAAUGGAGCGUACAUUGGCUUUACUGGCCUUCGAUAGCCCUGAGGAGUCACCUUUUGGAGACCUUCUCCACAUGAUGCAAAGGCAAAAGGUGUGGAGUGAAGUUAACCAGGCUGUUCUGGAUUACGAAAAUCGAGAGUCCACACCCAAGCUGGCAAAAUUACUGAAACUGCUACUUUGGGCUCAGAAUGAGCUAGAUCAGAAGAAAGUAAAAUAUCCCAAAAUGACAGACCUCAGCAAAGGUGUGAUUGAGGAGCCCAAGUAGAGCCUGUGUGCGGACCCAGCACUGUCAACCAGCACAGGACUCAUUCCCUUCUGUCUGUGACUGGCAGAUUUGUCACUGCAGUAGAGAACCUUUCCCCCUGUCAUUUUCUUUGGCUCUUACUGUUUAAAAAGGGGAAAUGGCCUUUUUAAACACUGGCAAACCCAUGAUGGAAGACACCACCUCUGCCAUGCCCUGCAUCCUGAGCACUGCACACUGCAGUUGACUGUCCCAGUACUUCUGGUAUUGCUGGCUCUGGAAGAUCUGGUUUGCUGAGUGUGUGCUGCACUGCUAGGGAGUGUCAUUUCAGCUGAAGGCCUCACACUCACAGCAUAUGAAAAGCACUGACGUUCUUUUGCUUUCUGCUAACUAGUGCAGGCAGGCAGUGUUUUAUUUUCCUAGGUCUUAUCAGGCCUUCUUCAAGUUUUUCCUUACCCCUUUUCUUCUUUUCUUUUCCUCCUCUUUGUGUUCCUUCAUAGGAAAGAAUAUAUAAAUUUGUAAAUCUUAAUUCAAAGAUAACUUGUGUGCGGGUAUUGAGUUUGAUUUAGUUCUUUACCUUUUGGUUUGGGCUGUGUGGCUUUUGGGAGGGGAUGUGUGUGUGUGAGGGAUGAGGCUGUGUUUUCUUAAUUUUUUUAAAUAUAUUUUUUGGUGCUGUAUGUGAUGAGAGAUUCGUUCAUAGUGGACCAAUGAACCAUCUCUUGUAGGCAACUUUGUUGAAAAUAAAGAUUUCUCUUUACUUCCAAAUUGAC